AUGACUGUGCUCGAGAAUAUCUUUGCGCCGGUGCUCCUCGGCACAUGGUUUAAUUCGAUGAUAUACACGCUGGAGCUGCUCCUCGUAUACCUGUUCUAUGCCCAGAAGAAGUCAGACGGCCAACACACGCUGUUAAUGCGUUGUAUGGUCGGGUUGUUGCUGGUGGCCGACACGGCAGGGUCCAUGGGGAAUGCGGCGUAUGCAUAUCUCAUGCUGGUGAAGCGCUGGGGCGACCUGUCCUUCCUCGCUCUAAACCCCUUGCCCGGUGCAGUUGACUGCAUAACGUCUAGCUUCAGCGGAUUCGUCGUUCAGCUAUACCUUAUUUGGCGAUUCAGUAUUUUGUCCAAAAACUACGUAGUUUGUGGCAUUCUUGUGCUCGGAGCGAUGACUUCCCUCGGUGGUGGGAUCGGCACGGGGAUCGCCUCUCUGCUCCACAGGGAGGUGAGCCAGCGCCAAAAGAUCGUCCCGAUCACCACGGUGUGGUUCGCUGCCUCGGUGGCCACCGACGUCUGCAUCGCCGCCGCGCUUGUCUUCCAGUUGCGCAGUUACGACAGCGGAUUCCAGAGCACACGCAGCAUGGUGCACCGGCUGAUCGUGAACGCGGUCCAGACCGGCUCCGCCACGGCCACCGUGUCCAUCGUCGUUCUCGUCACGUUCGCCGUCCGGCCGAACACGGCCAUCGCGCUCGCCCCCGGCUUCAUCGUCGGCCGGGUGUACACGUGCACGCUGCUCUUCAACUUGACCGCGCGCCGCCGCAUGGGCGAGGCGACCAACAGGACGGUGACAAACGUGUCGGGGGAGGCCUCCCAGUGGCGCGUAGCCGCAGGGAGCACACAGACUCCGAGUCGGCACGACCCCUUGGCGAGUGUCUCCAUGGGACUUGCAGGAAAAGUCUUGGAGAAUAAAGACGAGAAACUUGGGCAGGCAGACACUCAUGUUUCUGAGUUUGGAUAUCGCUUUGCGGACACCAGCAAUAAUCGCUUCGCAAGUUUCUGGGGAAUGGCACGAUCAGGAUGCUAUGGACGCGGUAUUCAAACUGGCAGUCGGGCUCCCUCACCUUCGUGCAAUAACCUUGGCCUUCUUUCGCGGCGCGCUGGCAACAUGGACACGUUUCUCAGCUGA